AUGACAUUAUCUCCUGAUGAUAAACAAUGUUUGAUAAUGGAUUACGUAGAAAAGGGAAAUUUACAUGAUUACCUUUCAAAAAAUAAACCCGAAUGGGAUGUAAAGAUAAAUAUGGUCGUUAAUAUUGCAGAAGGAUUAUUGGAAUGUCAUGAUCAUAAAAUUAUACAUCCGAAUCUUUGUACUAAAAAGAUUUUAAUCGAUAAGAAACUAAAUGUAAAAAUUGCGGGUUUUUGUUCUAGUACAAGCAAAAAAAAUAUGUUAAUCGAUACGAAAUUUAAUAUAAUUGAAGUAGAAGAGAAAAAGAUUGAAGAUUUCAACUCUAAUACAAGCACAAAAAAGGCAUUAAAAAAUAAAAAAAAAGACAAUAUUUAUGAUUAUGGAAUAGUUGUAUUGGAAAUUGCUAUGAAUGGCAAAGAGAUGGAAAUUGGAAGCAAUUUAAUCGAUGAACUUGUAGGAAUAGAUACGCCGGGAAAAUUACAAACAGUGAUCAAAAACUGUUGUAAUCGUAAUGAAACUUUAGAAAAUGUUAUUCUGGUACUCAAAAAUUGGCUUUACGAAAAACGUUAUUUUCUCGAUGAAGUUUUACAAGUAAAUGAAAAAUGGCAUGAAAUUUUGGGAGAAAAAAUAGAUUUAUUUGAUUAUCAACAUUAUAUUGAACUUGGCAAUAUUAUUUCACCACCAAAACUAUCUAAUAAAAUUUGUGGGAAUGUGGCUGCAGUUCUUCCAUAUGUUCGGCAGAAAGUUAAUAUGUGGGGAGUUGAUAUUCUUAGAGCAGAAAAUUUUAAAAGUUUAGUAGUUUAUGAUGAAUAUGAAGAAGCCUCCAGUGGUGAAUCAAAUGAUAAAAAAAAGAAUAGAUUAUCUCGAUUUGAUUGCAUUGCUACUUUAUUUGCUUCUGCUGAAUGUAUUGUAGCUCAAGAUAUCUUUCAAACUUUAUCCCAAUUUCCAAUUGCAUUUCCUUUAUUAAUACCCGAAUUAGAUGAAAAGGAAAAGUACAAAGUGAUGCUUCCUUUAUUUACAGGAUCAGUUAUUGAAUGGAAAACAAGUAAUGGAACUAUAGUAAAAAAUCAUCUUUUCAAGGAUUCUUUCAAAAUGAUAGUUGCAAUUCGGAUUGGAGAGAAUUCUAAAGGCAAAAGCACUAUAAUUAAUCAAUUAUUGAAUCCAAAAUAUAUGUUCACUUCAUGUUCUGAGCCGAAAGCAGAAUAUGGAAUCCCAUAUAUGGCCAGCGGAAGUAUCGAGUUCAUUUGGUUAACCGAAGAGACUUGUGGAUACGAACUGUGGAAUCUAGUUUUUAAAAAUCAUUAUGCAAAAGGAGGAAAAGAGAUCAUAUUGCUUGCAAAUUUACACGGUGAUGCCCUAGAUUAUCCAGAUCAAAUAGAAUUGGUAAAGCAAUUUCCUUCUUGCUUCUUGGUUUACUUAAUGCCUGAAUAUGAUGAGACUCAAGAUAAAGUUAGAAAUUUAAUUAACACUAAAAAUGUAAUAUAUAAUUAUGUGGAUCCUAGAAGAAAUAGCAAAGUUAAAAAAUAUACAAUUGAUGCAAACUUAUUAGAAAAGUAUAAAACAAUAGAAAAAGUAUGCAAAACUUUUGAAAAAGCCUUAGAUUUUGAAUUACCAACAGAACCAAUUAAUAUUAAUGAAUUAAAGUUAGGAAAAACACUUCAAUUUGCUGGAAGCAACGAGUUUCAUGAAUCUGUGAAAAUUGUAAAUUCUAUUAAGAAGAAAGGUUGCAGCUACUUUAAAUCGAAAAUUAUGCAACUUCAAAAAAAACUAUUUAACGAUUUAUCAGAAUUUUGGAAAGAAGAAGAGUUUAAAGAAUCAAUUCAACUAUUCGUCAAUAUUCUAAAACUGCCUAUUAUUAUACAAAACCGAGCUCUAGCACAUCUUGAAAGAGAAAUAUCCAGGCUUUCUAUGGAAGAGUCUUCUGAGUCUCGGAAUAAUGCUAUAUUAAAAAGGAAAGAAUUAAAUAACCCAAAAUUUGAUCAAGAAAAAGAUAAAAAGAUUCGAAAAGAAAUCACAAACCUUUGGAAAGAAGUUGAUAACAAAAAUUUGAGUAUAGAAGACUUUUUCCGUGGAUUAAGACAUAUUUACGAGAUUUAUAAAAAUUUUACUUCUUAUAUUGAUGAUGAUUCAAAUUCUAUUUCCAUCAAUGGUCUUGCCAAAGAAGAUGUUUUAAAUCUACCAGAAUAUUGUGCCGAACUGUUAAUUUAUGGUAAUACUAUAGAAUUACUUGAUGGUCAUUCUACAACUAUAUCCAAAGAUUGGUUCUUAGAAAUUUGUAAUUUUAUUGAUAAAAAAUUUCAGAACCUUAGAGUUUUUGUAAUCAGUAUACUUGGAUUACAGUCAUCUGGAAAGUCCACUCUUCUAAAUGCACUUUUUUCAUGCAAAUUUGCCGUUUCAACUGAGCGUUGUUCUAAAGGGUUUUUUAUGCAAUUAUUGUUUUUAGAAAAAGAUUUAUCUGAUAUGCUUGGUGUUGAUGCAUUUAUCUUGAUAGACACUGAAGGACUUGGUGCAUCAGAGAAAAAGGGUGAAUCGGAAUCAGAAAAGAGGGAUCAAAUGUUGGCAACUGUUGCAACAGGAAUAAGCAAUUUAAUAAUUAUUAACAUACUUGGAGAAUCAAUAAGCGAGUUGACCGAAAUUUUACAGAUAGUACAGACUGCAAUUGUAACAAAUGCACACCUUAAGAAGUUUCCUGAUAUACGUGUGGUACAACAUGUUACCGAAAAAGAUGAAACAAAAUCAAGUAUGCUAAAAAAAAUUUUUUAUGAUGUCCUUAAAAAAGCUUUAGAAACCGAAAACAAUAGUAAUAUGACUAUUGAAAAUGAAGGAUGUUUCAGACUAUUUGCGCCAUUUAAAAAUGGUGCAACUGCAUAUUCAACGCCAUCGAAACAAUAUCACGAGGACGUUGUUGAGUUAUACAAAUCUAUAAUAAAUGGUUGCAAAGAUCCACACAAUAAACAAAAAUUUUCAGACUGGUAUUCACAAGUCAUAAGCUAUUGGGACACGGUAUCAAACACUAUUAACAUUAACUCCUCGGAAAACAAGAAUUCAUUAUGGAUGUCACUCUUUAGUUGGUGCAUAGAAGACUCUGAAUAA